AUGCAAAAUGUCGACCUGGAUGAAGCUAUCAAGCCAAAAUACCACGACGUAUCGUGGAAAGACGGCGACAUAACUCGACUGGGCCGCAAAUUGUUAGCAGAGCUGCACCGCAGACCGCACGGCGCAAGUUUCCCACCUUUGUCCCGACAGUUAUUAUGUACAAUUAGGACUUAUACCGCGGCACGCGGUACUAAUCUUGCACUAACUUCGUCGCGGUUUAGGCUGGUGUGCACAAAAUAA